AUGGAUGCUUCCUUAGCUGUUAAGUGCACUCAUUCUGGACAAAGUUUCAUGUUUUGUAUUAAUCAAUAUAUGAGCUAUGCUCAUUUGUUUGAAUACAUUUGUGAACGGUUCAAGUUUUCUGCAAUUGAUGAUAUUGAGCUUCAUUAUUCGCUUCCUGGAUGCGCUAUUUUUUUUCUUCGCAAUGAUGAUGAUUUCAAGAUGCUGUUUAGCGGUGCCAAGAUUUACAAGUUGGAUUGUGUUGAUAUUAUGGUGUUGAAGAAUAGUGUAAUUUGCAGCAAAAAAGCUUCUGUUUCAUUUGAAGAUAGCUGCUCUGGUAUUGUGGAUGAAGAUGAUUACCUCACUGAGGCAUUUAGGACUGAAGUUCAAAAGUCUUACUUGUCAAAUGAGUGGGCUAGUUACAUUCAAUGUGUAGGGCAGAAAUUUCGUGUCGGUUCCCCCGAGUUUCGAGACAAGCUCAGAAAGUAUGCUAUUGAAGUUGGGUUCAGCUUUGUAUUUAUUAGAAAUGACUGGGACAGAAUUCAUGCAGUUUGUUCGAAUUGGGGAACCGAAGGAUGUGAGUGGAAUGUCCAUGGUUAUGUUUUGCCUGCAAAUGGUUGCUUUAUUAUUGGUGAGUUGGACAAUGUCCACUCUUGCAAAGGUGUUCUUCGAAAACAAAAACAUGAGCUUUUGGGAUCGAAAAUUGUCAAGUCAUGUAUUGAAGAGGACAUUAGCUAUAACUUGUCAUUGAAGCCAAGGGAAAUUAUCAGCAAGUUCAAGUCAGCUUAUGGGUUUGAUAUAUCAUACAAGGUUGCUUGGAAAGCAAAGCAGAAGGCUAGGGAAAUGAUUUAUGGUUCUGAGGCUGAUUCGUUUAACAUGUUAACAUGGUAUAGGGAAGCUGUAUUUGAGACGAACCCGGGAUCUUCUUUUGUUUUGGAAGUUGAUUCAUCGAGUAAUCGGUUCCAAAGGCUUUUCCUAGCUUAUACGGGCUGUGUUCGUGGCUUUGAAUUCUGUCUUCCCAUCUUGUAUGUCGAUGGGACUUUUGGGAAGAGUGUCUACAAGGGGCAGAUACUUUGUGCAACCGGAAAGAAUGGAAAUUAUGGUAUUUUUCUCAUGUCUAUGAUUUUUUAUUGGUAUUUUUGUUGA